UUGUGGUACCUUUGAAUGUACCCAGAACUUACGAAUGAAACAAGGCUGCCAUAAAACUAGACUUUUUUUAAACUACCAGUUUUGUCUUCCAAAUAACUUGCCGACAACCGAAACCCUAUUUCUAGUUUUACCGGUCGACGGAAUAUGAGUUCCGGCAGGCGGGUACCCUUCACCAUUGUUCUCUUCUUUUGCCUUUUAGUUUCAUCUCACUCUCUUACUUCUAACUAUAAUUUCCGAAAGAAACACAAAAUCAAAGGACCCAUUAAAACUUUAGUCGUCCUCGUGAUGGAAAACCGUUCUUUUGACCAUCUUUUGGGUUGGCUCAAAUCGACCCGACCCGACAUAGACGGUCUCUCCGGCACAGAGUCAAACCCAGUCAACGUCGCCGACCCCAACUCCCCCUUUAUCUCUGUCUCCGACGACGCUCUCUUUGUUGACUCCGACCCAGGCCACUCUUUUCAAGCGAUCAGAGAACAGAUUUUCGGGUCGAACGACAGCUCUGCUGACUCGGCUCCAAUGAACGGCUUCGCCCAACAAGCGGAGAGCAUGGGUGAAGGAAUGGGAAGAACCGUGAUGAGCGGAUUUAAACCGAGUCGGUUACCGGUUUACACGAAGUUAGCGAACGAGUUCGGCGUUUUCGACCGGUGGUUUGCUUCGGUUCCGGCUUCGACUCAACCGAACAGGUUUUACGUUCAUUCAGCAACGUCGUUUGGGGCGACGAGUAAUGUCAAGAAAGACCUCAUCCAUGGAUUCCCCCAAAAGACGAUUUUCGAUUCGUUGGACGAAAAUGGCCUCAGCUUCGGCAUUUAUUACCAAAACAUCCCGGCCACCCUUUUCUUCAAAAGCCUAAGGAAAUUAAAGUUCUUGACCAAAUUCCACAACUACGCUUUGAAGUUCCGGCUUCACGCGCGGCUUGGGAAGCUGCCGAAUUACGUGGUGGUGGAGCAGCGUUACUUCGACGUGAAGGAGUUUCCGGCGAACGACGACCACCCGUCGCAUGACGUGGCGCGUGGGCAGAGGUUCGUGAAGGAGGUGUACGAGAUACUGAGAAGUAGCCCGCAGUGGAAAGAGAUGGCGCUUCUGAUCACGUACGAUGAGCACGGAGGGUUUUAUGAUCACGUGCCGACACCUGUGUCGGGUGUUCCUAACCCGGACGGAAUAGUUGGACCCGACCCGUUUUAUUUCAAGUUCAAUAGGCUUGGUGUUAGGGUCCCCACUCUCUUGGUCUCUCCCUGGAUCGAUAAGGCAACUGUGAUCCACGAGCCAACUGGGCCAACACCGUCUUCCCAAUUUGAACAUUCUUCCAUCCCUGCAACUGUGAAGAAGCUCUUCAACCUGAAUUCAAAUUUCCUGACAAAGAGGGAUGCCUGGGCUGCUACAUUUGAAAAUUAUUUUAAGCUACGUACUACUCCACGAACUGACUGUCCUGAAACUCUUCCAGAGGUGACGACUUCAUUGAGGCCAUGGGGGCCAAAAGAAGAUGCUAGCCUCUCAGAAUUCCAAGUUGAGCUGGUUCAGCUUGCAUCACAGCUCAAUGGUGAUUACGUCCUCAAUACUUACCCUUAUAUUGGGAAAAGCAUGCGAGUAGGUGAAGCCAACCGAUACGUAGAGGAUGCAGUCAAGAGGUUCCUGGAAGCCGGAAAGGCUGCUAUAAGAGCCGGAGCUAAUGAAUCUGCAAUUGUUACGAUGAGGCCUUCUCUUACCAGUCGAAUCGAGGAUCGGGGUCAACAUGUGGAAGCCUAUUAGUCCUUCCAUACGAUCAUCUACGCCCCAAUGUAAAUAUAGUUCUAAAUUAUUACGGUACUCUCUAUACAUAUUUAUAGGUAAUAUGCCACGUAUACUAGCAUCAAAGCUUCAUAUCAUUGACUGAAGUCAACUGUACUUAUUCAGGUAUAAUAAGCAAGCAGUGUGAGUUUUACUAGUUACGUAUCAAAA